CAGAAUCAUUCCAAAGCAAAUCGUCGUCCCGAACACACGUACUAGCCAAAAAAAAAUAUAUAAUUCAAAUCUUACAAGUGAUUUUUAUAUAUUUUUCAGUAAAUUUAAAUAUUUUUUUUUUGUAAUUUUCUAAAGAAAUUUUCAAGUGAAUUAGAAAUUUAACUUUCGGUUAUUAAAUAGUGAAAAAAAAAUAAUAAAAGUCAACAUGAGCAACUAUUCAUCAAGUGACCUGUCGAGUGACCAUGACAGCUGUGUUGAGCCGUGCAGCCGCCAAAAGAGGUCCCCUUCCACCAAGAAGAGGGGCACAUCCCAGAAGAGGACCCCAUCCCAGCCGCAGAAUUCCAAGUCGAUGAGAGAAGCCAGAGGCUAUAAGGAUCAAGGGACCAUGUUUGGUUCUAGGUCUCGUCGAGAUUCUCAGGCGGCAGGGUCGUCGAGAGGGUCGCACGGCCGGCAGUCCCAGGCCGCGCAGGAUCGUUUCCGGUCGCGUUCCGAAGAAACGCCUUACACGCGCUUCCUGAUGGAGUUCAGGGAGCGCUAUGGCAACUACUACCAACGCGAUCAGGUAACCGCGGCGGCGAAGAAACACUGGAUUGGUAUAGCUACCAGGCAUAGUGAACCUCCUAAGAACUUCUUUAGGAGCGGAGUUCCGAAUGCUCUUAACGCCAAGUCAUCGGACAAUCAUGGGGCAGCAUUCUCCUUUGCUGGUAUCGACAUCGAGUCUGGGCCAGCCAGCAGCAAGGACGUCUCCAUCGGCAGCGUUGACGAUGGAGAGUGCUGCAUGAAGAAGAAGAAGCCUAGGAUGUGCAAACCCAAGCAGAAGAAGAAGGUUUGCGCCAGGAAGCCCAAGUGCGCCAAGCCGAAACCCAGGUGCGCCAAGCCGAAACCCAAGUGCCGAAAGCCCAAACGCAAGAACGCUUGCCGUAGGGCCCCGGCGUGUCCCAAGCGGAAGCCCAGGUGCCCCAAGCCCAAACCCAAGUGCCAAAAGCCGAAGCCAGCUUGCCCAAGACCAUGCUGAUCGGUAGAUCGACAGCCUCACGUCCCCCCAAACAUAUUUCGGUCUAAAAAAAAAAAUCUAAAAAAUCAGACAGAUUCCAAAAGUUAAAUCAAAAUUAGGAAUUUCGGAAAGCUGCUGGGAAAUCAAGAUGCGGCCUUCAGUGAACUGGAUGGGAAGAGCAGCGCCAUCCUUCAAAAGAAACCAAUCCCAAGAAUAGAUUCAAAGCUUCAGGGAAAGGGAACUUUCAUAAUUUAUCCAUUUUUAUAUUCCGGCUUACAAUUAGGACCAGCUACCCCUUCAAAAAUGAUUAAAAAAAAUCUGUCUGACCAAAAA